AUGGUGGCCCGCAUUCCGUACCCGGUUACGGUCCCCAAAGCGCUAGCCGUUGCUAGUGAAGUGGCGACUAUGGAGUUUCUCCGUUCCUGUGGGCUGCCUAUUCCUAAGGUAUACGGGUACUCGCCCGCACCGGAUAACGCGUCAGAGACGGAGUAUAUUUUCAUGGAAUACGUCCGAGGCACAAAAUUAAGUGACGUGUGGCUGAACUUAGACGAACAGGAAAUCAUUUCAGUCAUGCGUGAACUUGCCCAGGUCGAAUCGAGGAUGAUGUCUAUUGUUUUCCCGGUCGGCGGAGGCUUGUACUAUGCCCGAUACCUGCAGAAGAUAGCUGGGAAGCCCGGCAUCCCACUAGAAGACGGUCGUUUCUGCGUUGGUCCGGAUACAAGAGUGCCUUUGUGGUAUGGCAGGAGAUCGCAGCUUGGCAUAGACCGGGGACCAUACGAAAACCCCGAGGCAGCGCUCGUCCGGGGGGCCUGCAAAGAGGUAGCUUAUCUUGAACAAUUCCGUCAACCGCUGCUGCCGUUCCAGCCUAUGAGGAGGGCUGCGUACAAGUAUCAGGAGCAGCUACGGUCCGAUCAUAUUGAGAACCUGAAACGCUAUCUCCUCAUCGCACCGUCACUUAUCCCAAGAGAUCCAGCCCUCUGUCAUUUCCGUAUCCGCCAUCCCGAUCUCCAGCAAAGUAAUAUCAUUGUCUCAAGAUCGGCCGGGCACAAUUGGCGAAUCGUGGGCCUGUUAGAGUGGCAGCAUGCGUCGGUUCUGCCUCUGUUUCUCCUUGCUGGUGUACCCGAACGUCUGCAGAACUACGGCGACCUUGCAUCGCAUUUUAUGACCACGCCGUCGCUACCGGAGAAUUUUGAGGACUUGAACGAAUCGGAUCGGAGAAGAGCGAAGGAACUUUACUUCCGCCGCCUCGUCCAUUACCACUACGUGAAUAACACAGAGGAGUUCAACGAACUCCAUUAUGCGGCACUGACAGACCCCGUGGGCAUGCUCCGCCGCCGCCUCUUCUCGUGCGCCAGUGAUCCAUGGGAAGGCGAGACUCUCGGGCUCAAAGUUGCACUGAUAAAUGCUACGGAGCACUGGCAGACACUUUCCGGAGGAGAAACACCGUGUCCAAUCGCCUUCGAUACCGAAGAUGUGCGCGAGACGAUGAAGCUGGAUGAAAUCCAGCGAGAAGCGGACGAGACUCUGCAGGGGAUCCGAUACUUGGUCGGCUUCGGGCCGGAGGGCUGGGUGCCAACCGAACAGUACGAGAAGACCAUCGGACUCACAAGGCAGAUGAAAAAGGAUGCAUUGGCCUCAGCUGAGACGGAAGCAGAACGAGAGGAGAUCGAGACGCAUUGGCUGUUUGAUGACAUGGACGAAGAAAAAUAUAAUUAAU